GCCAUGGCGGUGCCGGAGCUGCGGCGGGUGUGCCGGCAGGCCUGGGAGCCCGUGAUCGCCAGGGCGCGCCGGGCCGUCGUCUUCCUGGACGCGGCGUCCGCUGAGGCGCUGCACUGGGGCGGCGGCGGGGCGGGCGAGCUGCUGGCGGCGGGGGCGCUGGCCGUUAGGGCGCUGCCCGCUGAAGCGGGGGAGGUGGCGGGGGCGGCCCGCGUCGUCUUCGUGGUGAGCGGGGCGCUGCGGGGAGGCACAGCCUCCGCCGUGCGCGGCGUGCUGGGCCAGGGCGCCGUGCGGCACUGCGUGCUGGUGUCCGGCGGCGAGGCGGAGGGCGGCGGGCCGGCCGAGCUGGAGGAGACCCUGCGGCGGUGGAUGGGCGAGGGCGGCAGUGCCGAGGUGGUGCUGCGGGGCCCGCCGCUCCUGGCGCCCGUCUCGGCGGAGCUCGGCCUGCUGCCCGCCCUGGCGACGCUCCUCCCGCCUCUGCCCGGCCCCGCCGGGCCCGGCCCCGCGGAGAUCGGGCUGGGCGCCCUGCCCGCCGAGCUGCGGGCGGCGGUGCGGGCCCUGGUUGGCGACCUCGACGCUCUCUUCACCGCCCUGGGCCUGCGGGAGGAGAGCUUCGCUGUGGGGGCCCUCAGCAGGGUCGUGGCUGCUGAGCUGGCGAGCUAUGCCCCAGCCAGGAACAGGAGGAGGACGGCCACCAACAAGGCCUCCGUCGUCUUCUUGGACAGGACGUUGGACCUCGCUGGAGCAGUUGGUCAUCAUGGUGACAAUCUUGCAGAGAAGAUACUUUCUGUGCUUCCCAAGCUUCCCGGCCACAAGACUGAUGUGAUGGUUAACAUGGUGGAACUGACGGCACUGCAGACUACAGAUGAAACUUGCAGUAUUAUAGCACCUGGCUGCUUAGCACAACCAAAUGAUCCAGCUGCCAAAGCUCUCUGGGAAUCCUUCAUGAACCUCAAACAAAAGGAAGCUGUGAUGGAGGCUAGGAGACACCUUGUGGAGGCUGCGAGCAGAGAAAAUUUACCUAUUAAGAUGAGCAUGGGCAGAGUCACCCCAGAACAGCUCAGCUCAUACAUUCAGCUUUUCAGAAAUAAUCUCAAAGCUUUGGAGAACCAUUGUGGUCUUCUACAGCUUGUGCUGGCCACGGUCCAGACUUUGAAACACCCCCAGACUUCCAAAUGGGACAACUUCCUAGCCUUUGAGAGAUUACUUCUGCAGACUAUUGGCGAGUUAGAAAUGCCCAGUGUUUUGAACCAGUUAUUGCCAAUGAUCAAGUCUUACAAUGAGAGGACGAAAGAUGAUUAUACCUGCGAGGACUUCCUUGUCUUGCUGGUGUACAUGUAUUCUGUGGUUGGAGAAAUCAAAAGUGGAAAAGAGCUGGAUGCAGCUGAAGAAGAGGUGAAAAAGGCCCUAGUCAAGGCCAUUUGUGAUGAGCCAGAGCCAUCUCCUUUGUUGCAGAAAAUAACAGGCUGUGACUCAUCACUGAACCUGACAUCUCAGAAAGCCACAGAUGCAGUGGAUGAUAUCUUUCAGUCCCUCAGGGAUAUUGCAAGAGCUCGAAUGCACAUGAAACAGUUUAAUUCCAUACAUAAUCCAGGCAGCAACACCCACCAGGCUUCUUACAAACCGCUGCUGAAACAGGUAGUGGAAGAGAUCUGUAAUCCUGAUCGACCUGAUCCUGUUGAUAUUGAGCACAUGUCAUCAGGCCUCACCGAUCUCCUUAAAACUGGAUUCAGCAUGUUCAUGAAGGUGAAUCGCCCUCACCCUGGUGAUCAUCCUCUUCUGAUCAUCUUUAUGGUUGGUGGAGUGACAGUCUCCGAGGUCAAAAUGGUGAAGGAUCUGGUAGCAACACGCAAACCUGGUACCCAGGUAAUUGUGCUCUCCUCUGCACUCCUGACACCACAUAGUGCUAUUGAGUUGUUGUUUGCCACAGACCGUCUCCAGCCUGACACCGAUAUCUGACGGGGGAGGAUCUGUGGAGAAGAUGAGUGAGUGCCUCAGCUGGAAACUUCAAGUCCCUGGUCUGUCGCUCUUCCCAAUAGCCUUCCAAAAAAUGACAUGUCCCCUGCUACAGUUAUGGCUCCAGCUGAAACGGGGUGAAGCAGCUGGGUAUCUGGCUGCAAGGGAACAUGUGCAGCUCACAGGCAGCUCUUCAAAAUGGUCCAGUUGUCCAGCGACAACUCCCCCCUCCUUAACGGUAACACUGCGCGGUGCUGAAUCACCCCAGCCCCGCUCUGCACAGCAAGGAUGAUCGCUUGUAAUAAUUCCCUAGAAAAGGAGCAGCUGAGGAGCAGGUGAUGCUGAAUUUGCACUCCCCAAGCAGUACGUUUUUCUCUGAGUAUUCCUGAUGGUUUCGCCGGGGUUGCUUCUGGUGGGGAAUGCUGCUGAGGGAGUGAAAGGCUAGCAAAAUCCACCCUCUCUGUCAUGUUACCUUGCAAAACACAUGUGCCUUAUACAGCAUUAACCGCCUCUGCUCUUCGUCCCUCACCCCAGAGAGGCGACAAGAGCACAGACUUGAUUUAGCUGACAGAGCAGCUCCCAGUCCGGUGAUGCUCUCCUGGCAGGACUGGUAGAGGCAGAGAAGCAGAGAGCCAGACUCAAGGGCUGGGUUACGUGGUUGCUUCUCUCUCAGCUUCCCGUUUCCUGCUCUAGUUUCUCCACCCACAGUCCCAGGAGAAAAGACUGUUUCUGAUGGCACACUUCUCUGUCGGUUUACGCAGGAAGACAUAUGGGCUGUGAUGGUUUGAUGAUAACCCUGGAAGAAUCCUCCCCUCACAUGCAUUUAAAAAAGAAAAAGAGGAAAAAAAAAAAAAGCAUGAUCCCAUUUUCAAGAGGCUGCAGCGACAGAUUCUUUCUUGAGCUAGAUUUCUGAACAGCAUGGUUAGAGAACAGCUUUUGUUUUUAAUUUAUGAUCGUGAAAGAGCCGCUAUCAAAUUCAGGUAUGUAAUUUUUCCGUAUAAAACUUUGAUACAAUCUGUGAUAAAAAAGCAGCAGCCAGUAGAGAUUGUGAUUGCAUAUAGCACCAAGACUUCCGAAUUGCAGCAUAAAAUGGUGGAGCUCUAAAGCUGCAUCCUCUUGCUUCAUCCAAGGGAUGCUAAGACUACAGCUUACCUGAGAUGAGAAUGUGAAAUUGUAAGUGACAUUCACUCUAUCAUAGCAUUCUUUAUUAUGCCAAAGGAAUAGAUUACAUGGGAAGUAGCUUUUUAACCUUUGUUCGCUAGCUAGCGUUAAGUUCUCUUAAAUGUUUAUAAUGGUCUUCAGAAAAGCGUGCAUUUUGAUUGAAAUUCACUUUUGAGUGGCUAGAAGGAAACAAUGGACCCAUUAUAAAGCAUGGACAAUGUUGCCUCUAUGGAAGAGAAGUUUAUGACUAUAGAAUGGAACUUUGUGCUAUAAAAAAUGAGAAAUAUUAUGAGAUUGCAAUGUUAAAAGCUCAAGAAACAGUUUGAACAGAGCAACUGGAAAGCAAAUAGCCAGUCUCUGGGUUUCUCUUCUGUCCUUCUGUACUGUUUAAUCUUAGAAUAUGGAUGUUUUGUAAAUUCUGUAAUCAAUAAAGCAAUGCUCUUACAG